AUGAGGCCGUGCUGUUUAUUACUCUUGAUUUCUUCCUUCUUACUGAUCAACAUCAGCCCUGCUUAUGCCCAACUGUACCAUGUUUGCUCAAACACAACCAGUUAUACACCUAAUAGCCUAUUUGGAAUCAAUCUUAACAUCCUUCUUCCUUCUCUAUCUUCUAAUGCAAUUAGCACCGGCUUCUACAACACCUCUGUGGGCGAAUAUCCAGACCAAGUAUACGGACUCAUUGUAUGCAGAGGUGAUAUCACCCCUGAAGUUUGCGGGAAUUGUCUGGAAACAAUCAUUGCCGACGUCAAGCAACUGUGUCCUAACGGGAAAGGUGCAGCAUUAUGGUUUUUGAUGUGUUUUCUGCGCUACUCUGACCAUAGAUUCUUUUCUUCAACGGAAGAACUGGGAACCGUACACAAUCAAACUGCCACGAACAUGACAGAUCCAGAUCGAUUUCUUCCAUUUGUGAAAGAUUUCAUGGGUAACUGA